GGGCGGAGUUUUGGAACUUUCUGUUCGGAGAAUUCUGGGAAAAGCAAAUAUGAACCCGUCUAAGAGAGUCAACCUAUACGAAAUAAUACUCUGAUUUCGGAUAAUAUAUUUACUAUACUUUUAUCAGUACGACAGAGGCGUUAUUUCCGAAUAUGAUGCGCUUCCUGUUGCUCUUCAGCCGGCAGGGAAAGCUGCGACUUCAGAAGUGGUUUACGCCGCUUGUGGAUCGGGAGAGGAAAAAAGUGGUCCGUGACAUGACCCUAAUGGUGUUGGCCCGCCCACCUCGCUCCUGCAACUUCCUACACUGGAAGGACCUGAAAAUUGUCUACAAGAGGUAUGCCAGCCUAUAUUUCUGCUGUGGCCUUGAGGAUCAGGAUAAUGAGCUUUUGGCUCUAGAAGUUCUGCAUCGAUAUGUGGAGCUACUGGACAAGUACUUUGGCAAUGUCUGUGAACUGGAUAUCAUCUUCAACUUUGAGAAAGCGUAUUUCAUCCUGGAUGAGUUCCUGAUAGGUGGGGAGGUGCAGGAGACCUCUAAGGUGACUGUGGCUAAGUCCAUUGAGGCAUCAGACAUGCUGCAGGAGACUAUGGAAGAGUACAUGAGCAAGCCUGCAUUCUGAUGAAUUGCCUGCAAGCAGAAAAAUGAACUGGAAAAUCAUGCUGGUCAACCAGGCUGUCAUAUAUUGUGUAAUUUUUGUGCCACAGGGUCUGAUGUGGGGAAACUUUGCUUAAUUUGGACUGCAGAUGCAAAGUGGAAGUUCGUGUGUCACUGUAAAGAACAUUUUUAUUCACCUCAGUUCAGCACAAUGCGUGUGACAAAUUCUUAUCCCUGAAUAUGAGUGAUGAACUACACUAUGAGGCCAAGUGCUGGUUCUUUGAAGCAGGACAGUAGUUUUAAUGAAGUCUGUUUUAUAUAUAUAUGCAUACGAUGUUCUGGAAAUAGUAGGAAAUAUGCAAAUUAUUUUAGGAACAUCUGAAAUCAGUAUACAAAUCUUUUCUGGGGUCCUUUUGAAUGAAGUUGUUCUGCAGGUGCAAAUGUAGUUGCAAUAUGGUUUAGGGUUUUGUAAGUAAUUAUUUUUAAUAUUAAAUAAGCUUAACAUUAAGUGUGUCAGUGUUGGGUUUGACUUUAGGUAUCAUUAUAUAUGAAGCUUUAAAUCCUGUUGAAAUGUGAUUAGUAGUUUUUCCCUUCAGAUUGUAGGACAUUUCAAAAACCCUUUUUUAAGUGCUCUGAAAAACUGUAAAUGUAAAACUAUUUGUGGGGGGUUGUUGCAAAUGACAUGUUUCUGCCCUCGUCAGUGUUUCAAAUCAGAUCAUCGUCCUCAGUAAGAAGAAAAUACCAGUUAACAUUUUAUUAACCUUGAAUAGUUUAUACUUUAUUGAACACACAUGAUAUUCAGUUGUAAGAAAAAUAAAGCUGGACAGAUUAUAUCCAA